AUGGAUGACACGCUAAAUAAAAGCAAUUGGUCACCCAAAGCCGAAGGUCUUUGUUCAAAGGACAAAUGGUUCACAGACAACUGGUUAUAUGAUAAUUCGUUCACGACAAUUAGGUCACCCAAAGCCGAAGGUCUUUGUUCAAAGGACAAAUGGUUCACAGACAACUGGUUAUAUGAUAAUUCGUUCACGACAAUUAGGUCACCCAAAGCCGAAGGUCUUUGUUCAAAGGACAAAUGGUUCACAGACAACUGGUUAUAUGAUAAUUCGUUCACGACAAUUAGGUCACCCAAAGCCGAAGGUCUUUGUUCAAAGGACAAAUGGUUCACAGACAACUGGUUAUAUGAUAAUUCGUUCACGACAAUUAGGUCACCCAAAGCCGAAGGUCUUUGUUCAAAGGACAAAUGGUUCACAGACAACUGGUUAUAUGAUAAUUCGUUCACGACAAUUAGGUCACCCAAAGCCGAAGGUCUUUGUUCAAAGGACAAAUGGUUCACAGACAACUGGUUAUAUGAUAAUUCGUUCACGACAAUUAGGUCACCCAAAGCCGAAGGUCUUUGUUCAAAGGACAAAUGGUUCACAGACAACUGGUUAUAUGAUAAUUCGUUCACGACAAUUAGGUCACCCAAAGCCGAAGGUCUUUGUUCAAAGGACAAAUGGUUCACAGACAACUGGUUAUAUGAUAAUUCGUUCACGACAAUUAGGUCACCCAAAGCCGAAGGUCUUUGUUCAAAGGACAAAUGGUUCACAGACAACUGGUUAUAUGAUAAUUCGUUCACGACAAUUAGGUCACCCAAAGCCGAAGGUCUUUGUUCAAAGGACAAAUGGUUCACAGACAACUGGUUAUAUGAUAAUUCGUUCACGACAAUUAGGUCACCCAAAGCCGAAGGUCUUUGUUCAAAGGACAAAUGGUUCACAGACAACUGGUUAUAUGAUAAUUCGUUCACGACAAUUAGGUCACCCAAAGCCGAAGGUCUUUGUUCAAAGGACAAAUGGUUCACAGACAACUGGCUCACUGACCGUUACCUUUGCAAGGGUCAUUGCCUGACAGGCAGAGUCAAUGAAGGUAUAAUGUGA